UGAUAACUCAUCUAUUAUGCUACUUCGCUAAAUAAAAAUCUUCCUGAAAACUGACCGGAGCCCGCCGCUGGACGCACAGGAGGACCGAAACACAAAGUAAACACGUCUCUCUGACCGGUGGCGGGGGGAUUAGCGGGUUGUGCGAUGGGAGUUUGUCUCCUCGGGGGAAACAUCGAGCUGAAGAAUCAACACCAACAACACCUGAACUGAACACACACUAACACACACCUGUGUGCCCUCACACACACACACAUACACACACAUACACACACAUACACACACAUACACACACAUACACACACACACACACACCCUCAGACCAAAGAGGGAGUUGUUUUUUCACCUUCAGGUCAGACACUGCCGUCCCACGGUGCAUUGCUGCGUCACCGUCGUCCACCAUGUCGGACGCCCCUGAGGCUGCGCCCCCCAGCCCCCCUGCCCUUACCAACCCGCCUCCGCCUGAGGUCACCAAUCCCACCAAGCCUGGCAGAAAGACCAACCAGCUGCAGUACAUGCAGAACGUGGUGGUGAAGACUCUGUGGAAGCAUCAGUUCGCCUGGCCUUUCUACCAGCCUGUCGACGCCAUCAAACUCUGCCUGGCGGACUACCACAAGGUGAUCAAGAACCCAAUGGACAUGGGAACGAUCAAGAAACGUCUGGAGAACAAUUAUUACUGGAGCGCCAGUGAGGCCAUGCAGGACUUCAACACCAUGUUCACCAACUGUUACAUCUACAACAAGCCCACAGACGACAUCGUCCUGAUGGCUCAAGCUUUAGAGAAAAUCUUCCUGCAGAAAGUCGCUCAGAUGCCUCAAGAAGAAGUCGCUCUGCUGCCUCCAGCUCCCAAAGGCAAGAACAAGAGCAAACAACCUGCUGCUGCGACUACAGUGAGUCAGCAGGCGGAGUCUUCAGCCUCCCCUCCCCCCUCCUAUCCCUCACCCUCACCCUCUCAGACACCCGUCAUCUCGACCACACCCACACCUGUCCAGACCACGCCACCAGUCUCUGCGCCGCAGCCCCCGGCCGCCAUGAUGCCAUCUGCGCAGCCUGUCGUCAAGAAGAAAGGUGUAAAGAGGAAAGCCGACACCACCACCCCAACCACAUCGGCCAUCUCCGCCAGCCGUGCCGACUCUCCGUCCGCUCAGGACGCCAAACCGGCCAAACUGGGCUCGUCCCGCCGGGAGGCCGCCGCCCGGCCCGCCAAGACCCGCAGGGAGACGGGCGAGGAGGUGGCGGGGGGUGACGUGGGAGCCGGCGGAGGGGGAGCCGGGGGACGGAAGGGCGGUAAGCUGGGCGAGCAGAUGAAACACUGCGACGCCAUCCUGAAAGACAUGCUCUCGAAGAAACACGCGGCCUACGCCUGGCCCUUCUACAAGCCGGUGGACGCCGAGGCGCUGGAGCUGCAUGACUACCACGACAUCAUCAAACACCCCAUGGACCUCAGCACCGUCCGGAAAAAGAUGGAUAAAGGAGAAUAUAGUGACCCUCAAAGUUUUGCCACAGAUGUCAGGUUAAUGUUCUCCAACUGCUACAAGUACAAUCCUCCAGACCACGAGGUGGUGGCCAUGGCCCGCAAACUGCAGGAUGUGUUCGAGAUGCGUUUCGCUAAGAUCCCAGAUGAGGGCCUGGAGGCUUCGGUCCCCUCUUUGGUCAGUAAAAGCACCGCCUCCUCUGACAGCAGCAACAACUCCUCCUCCGACGAAUCGUCCGACUCAGAGGAGGAGCGAGCCACGCGAUUGGCUGAGCUACAGGAGCAGGUUGGUGCUGCCGACCAAUCACAGUUGAAGGCGGUGCACGAGCAGCUGGCCGUCCUGUCCCAGGCUCCGGUCAGCAAGCCAAAGAAGAAGAAAGAGAAGAAAGACAAGGAGAAGAAGAAAGACAAGGAGAAAGACAAAGGGAACAAGGGCAAGAUGGAGGAAGAGAAGAAGCCCAAGGCCGCCGCUCAGCAGCCUAAACCAGCCAAUCAGAAGAAGGCGCCGGCCAGGAAAGCCAACAGCACGGUGACCGCCACGAGGCAACCUAAGAAAGGCAGCAAGGCGUCGGGCGGCGGCUCGGCCAACGGAGAUGACGGCGAGGAGUCGUCCCUGCCGAUGUCAUACGACGAGAAGCGCCAGCUGAGUCUGGAUAUAAACCGGCUGCCGGGGGAGAAGCUGGGACGCGUCGUCCACAUCAUCCAGUCCAGAGAGCCGUCGCUGAGGGACUCCAACCCCGACGAGAUCGAGAUCGACUUCGAAACCCUGAAACCCUCCACGCUCCGAGAGCUGGAGCGCUACGUCAAAUCCUGCCUGCAGAAGAAGCAGAGGAAGCUACUGCAGAAAGCAGCGGGAGGCGGGGCAGCAGGGGGCGGGGCUAGUCGUUUGAGUGGCAGCUCCUCAUCCUCCUCCGAUGACAGCUCCUCAACAGGAACCUCCUCUUCCUCCGACACAGACUGAACACACACACACACACACACACACACACACACACACACACACACACACACACAUAUGUUACUGACCACACACACACACUCAGAGGUUUAUCUACUCUUCACACAGGAACUCAGUUUACACACACGCAGAUACAGACAAACACACACAUCCAUGUAAACUUCCAUCCUGAACAAACAGCCACACAAAGACAGAGAUACACACUCUGAACUUCUUGCAGCACACACACACACACACACACUCACACUCUCUCUCUCUCACACACACACACACACACACACACACGCCCAGACUCGGAGACUGUAUGUAAAUAGGCUGACCUGUUUUUUAGCUCCUAGUGUCUUUUUUUCCUGGAGGAAUGCAACCAGAUAGAGAAGAAGAAGAAAACAACAACUUCCCAGCGAGAGGAGAAGAAGGGAUGUGGUAGAGAGACGGGCAGCCUGUCUGUCUGCCUGGGGGGUCGUAUUGAUCUUCUUUGAACACUCGAGCAUUGCUGCUGUGGAAGCUUUCUUCUUCUUCUUCCUCUUGUUCCUCUUCUUCUUCUUCUUCUUCUCGGAUGGCCGGCUGUGACCCCUGACCUCUGAAAACAUUCCAGAAGCAUCCAGACAGCAUCAUGGGAGAGAAGGAGGGGCUGAUCUCAGUGGGUUUUACUCCGAUCGAGGUUUCAGUAAUGGAUUGAUUUGAAAAAGAGUUUCCUCACGUUUGUUGCCUGGAAGGAGGCGACACCUGUGAGACAAAGUUCAGGGCAUCACAGAAACUUAAACUCCCGCCGCAGCAGCGUCGUCCUCGUCAGAUCUGCAGUCCGUCUGUGGUCUGUGGACCCGGAGAUGAUCCAGUUCACAUUGAUUCUGUUCAGACAAACGUCAGAAGUCCAUAAAUCAGCCGAUGGAGACUUGAGUCUUGCUGCAGAGAGAAAACGGUUGGUUUGAUGCACGUGAGAGUAGUGAGAUUUAAAAGAUGCACUCUGUGUCACGAAAGACGAUCUGGACAUUUCAUCUGCUGCAGUGUUCGUGUUCCAGACACCAUCGGGCCGCCGUGGCCUUGUAGUGGAGUAUGAAUGAGCUGGUCUACACCUGUGUUCACAGGUGAGACGUGCAGGGCUGGGUCCUGAACCUCCGUACCUUCAUGGUACUGAACCAAGUAUGAAUAAACUACAACAUGUUUGUACAAAUGUUUGAUUGGCUGUCUGACGUUACACUUCAUAGAGCCUCCGCUGCGGGGAUGGGUCACCUGGAGCGCUUCUGACGGCACACCUGGUGCGUUGCUCAGAGGCCAACGUGUAAAAGCAGAGAGAUACACCUGAAGCUGACAGGUGGACGGUUGUCUGACCUGGUCAGCUGCUCUUUAGCACAGAGGUAGAGGUCAUUAUUUCCAGUUGUAGCGGUGUGUUGCUGCCCCCUGCUGUUUGUUUUUAAUGUUGCUUUUGACAGUUAUUUAUAUUUUAAUGUCGUCUAAUCGUGUGCAGACAUCGCUCAGCUUCAUUUUAGUCCCGUGGAGCAGAGUGAAGCAGGCUGGCAGCUGGUAUCAGACAUGUUUCAGUCAUUUAUUAAAGCGGGGUGACCCCCCCCCCCCCCCCCUCCAGAUGUCAUGUGAUCAGGGGCGGAGGCAGGAUGAGAACAGCUGACUCAAAGUGAGCUGAGGCUGGAGGCGUAGCUGGUUGUCAGGGUUACCGUUCUGCAGAGAAAUGGGAUGUGGAGUCUCUGUAUGAUGGGAUGGACGUCUGCGUUAAAGUGACAGUUAUUGUACCGAACGUGUUCAACACGGCGACUUCAGCCAGACUGUUUCCCUCUGCAGCGAGUUUCAGGUCUGAAAGAAUCAGAGAAACGUUUCACUCAAAACGCUGAAACAGGGUCCAGCAAAACCCUCUGAGACCAACCUGUCCUCUGCCGGUCCUGCAACUCAAACCCACAACCUACCGCGUGUCCCCGGGGUCAGCGGUGCCGGCUCUGUCAGCAGAGUGAGACAGACUUCUUGUAUUUUUUUAACACUACAUUUCCUUUAUUUUCUGUUCUUUGAUUUUUCAGGUUGUGUGCUAAACUUGUGUCUUAUAAGGUUCUCUAUAUAAAACUGGCUCUGCCCCCCCCCAAACCCCUGUCAAUCAAAACCACUCAAACUGUAACAGCCCCCACCUCACUGACACUGCUGUCAGAGUCCAGGCUCGAGUUGAAAGUGUCUCAGAUCUUUGAAAGUUAUUUUUUACUUUAAACAGCAGAAUAAGAUGCUGAAGACCUGAACCUGGAGGGGGGGGGCCCCAAAACCUCACCUUCACCUCCAGGUUGUGAGAGAGACGAACAGCUGUUUGUUUUUCAGACGAUUUCCUCUUUAAAAUGUCCAAAGUGAAGACGAACCCUCAGCUGACGAGGCAGGUCAGGUUUUCUGUUGUCUUCAUCAUGAAAUGAUUAAAUCAAACCUGAUUGGAGCUCCAGCAGGAAAACAUCAUCAGUCUGAUCAUUAUUCCUGAUCGGUUCGUUCGCUGGUUUCUGCUUUCAUUCAAAUCUUUUUAAAGUAAGCUUUGAUCUGAUUGGCUGCUGCGGAGCCACGUCGGCUCUGAUUGAUCGAUCGAAGACGUUUCACAGUGUGUAAACUGUUUUCGAGCUCAGACAAACCGACGGGUUUUUAUUUUACCUGAAGUCAACUCGUGUCUGGUGACAUCACAGCCUUCAACUCACCUGAUUGGUUUGUUGGACAGCUGAUUCCUUCACGCUUCCUUACGUUCGGGACGUCGCCGUCAUGUCACGGCUCUCGUGGGGAUGUCGGACUGCUCGUUCUGGACUGGACCUUUGACCUCGGGUCACUGGUUCAGACCUCAGACGGCGUCCGACCAGCAGGGUCGGCGUGGCGUUCCGGUGAGGAUCGGCCAUCGUGUGUUUCCACUGUCAGGUUGAGUUCAAACGCUGUGCUCUGAUUGGUCGCUUCGUCAUGUGACCUCUCUAACACCUCACCUGUCUGCCCGGUCUCCUGCCCCUCUUGUUGAUGCUGUCCUUGUGUUUGACCUUUGACCUCUGCGUCCAGAUGAGUGAGUGCUGAGAUCAGAUGUUUUAAGUACCAGAACCUCGAAGAUACGACCACAAACUGGAUUUUGACGGCGAGACCAGGACUCAGGAUGUCGUGGGCUCGUGUUAGAGCAGAAUAAGCCCUGAGUUUUGUGUCUCCUGCUGCCUCUCCUGUGAUCUGUGCAGAUUAUUGGGGGUAAAGAUAUUCUGACUAUCAGGUUAUUGAUUAACGAUGCGUUCAGGUUCAGCAGCUUCACAGCAGGACGUGAGAUUGAAAAACUGACUGAUUAAUUGAUUUGAUAGGAAUUAAUUUGCUGAUUGUCAUCGUUGAUUUCGGUUGUUUUUUUCGAUCUGAGGAUUUUCAGUUUCAUUUCAAACUGAAUCUGUUGGACAAAAAGAAAAAAAAAGAGCAUGUUUCUGUUGCUUUCAACCAAACCUCAUGGCCUUCAUCAGCCAGAGCUGCUCAGUCGUCAUGGAGAUGGUUUCGUGGUCAUGACGUGUUUAAGUGUAAAGUUUCAGUCUCAUCUAAACACGUUAAUUUGUGCUUUUUUCUUUUUUUUUUAGGCGUGUUGGGAAACUUUAGGCCGAUGUUUGGUUUUAUUUUGGACAUUUUACAGACUAAUCAAUAACUGAGACUUACUUUGAAAGGAUCGAUAAGGAUGAAGACACGUUUCCUCCCGUUGUGACAGACAGAUGGACAGCUCGUUGCCACAGUAACCCUCCUCUGUUUGUUUUUAGUUGAUGGUCGAGCUUUGAUGCUAAUAGUUAAUUUUUGUAUUUUAAUAAGAAAAAGGAAAAAAGUGAUUUUAUGUAUUUGCAUGCACUCCGGCCGUACGUUCUUUCUUCCGUAUGUUUGAGCACUGUAUAGUAGCUGUAUAGUAGCUGUCUGAGGUUUAGAUCGAACUACAGGACGAACCGACAAAACCAACAAGUGAAUUAUUUGAUGUAAUUACUGAUAUGGGAUCCUUAUUUUCUGAGUUCCUUUGUUUUCAUAAAUAAACACAUAAACUGA